UCCAUUUAUGCCCCUGUCUGUUUCAGCUGUCUAUUAAUUUUGUGAAUAAUAUCAAGCGUCCCUAGGCUGAUUCGGAAGAAGGAAAGCCGAGGAGUCUAUGGAACCAGCAUCUAGUGGAGGCAUAAUACACUUUUUUUCCGGCCUUGGUGGAAGAAAUGGAGAUGACGAGCACCCCAUCACCUACCUCCUCCUCUUCAUCGUCAUUCACUCGCACUCCAACUUCAGCGGCUAAAACAACUCAACUAAAGAAGGAAGGGAACUCAGAGGAUGGGCCAGCCGGAACAAUUCCAGAUGUUAGCCGCCCGCCUUCUCCUGGCUUCAAGGACUUAGAUUUGCUCCAGGCUGAGUGUGAUGAGCUUCGGAAUCGGUUGCGCUGUCUGAGGGAAAGCCUGAUGGGUCGAAAGCCGAGGGACGUGGAAUCGUGGAUGAAGCAGUCACAGAAAGAACUCCUCUGGCUACAGAGGCAGGUGUCUUCCCUCUCCACCGAGGCACCUGUUUUGCCCGUGACCAAGUUUGGAGAUGAGCUGCGGAAGUUACGAGCUGCCGUCCCGCAGAAUAGCUUUGGUUGGCUCCAUUUUCUAGACGACAGAACCCAGGCUUUUCCAUCUAAUGUCACCUUACUAAAUGAAGAGAAUCAUUGGUGCAGCUUUUUGGAAAAUGAAUUGAAAGAUGCUGUAUGUGAGAAGAACCGCCUGAGGCUCCAGUAUGCCAGCGUCUCCCAGAAAGCACUGCAGUAUGACCAGGUGAAAACAGACUAUGAUCAGCUUAGAGGAAUUCUCGCUGCAGUGACCAAGGAACGAGAUUUGGCUGUCAAGGAGAAACACCAGCUCCAAGCCAAACUGGAGAACUUAGAGCAAGUCCUUAAGCAUAUGCGAGAGGCUGCUGAACGGCGGCAACAGCUGGAAUUGGAGCAUGAGCAAGCCUUGGCUGUUCUCAACGCAAAGCAGAAGGAAAUCGAACUCCUACAGAAGGCUCAGGUUGAAGCAAAGAAAGAACAUGAAGGUGCAGUUCAGCUGCUAGAGACCACCUUGGACAGCAUGCAGGCAAAGGUUCGCGAGCUAGAGGAGAAAUGUCGGACCCAGAGCGAACAGUUUAAUCUCCUCUCUAAGGAACUGGAAAGGUUUCGGCAGCAAGCUUCAAAGAUUGAUCUCCUGAGCAGCACCUCGUUGGCAUCCUCUGAUUUUCCCGGCUCCCCGACCAAAUCCUUUGCCCAACUGAUGAAUGGAAUCGCCACUUCCUUGGGGAAAGGUCAUGAAAGCCCUUCUGGAGGCCACUGUGUGAUCUCAGAGUUUAUAAGACCCCUACAACUCUCCGGUGACAAACCGGAGCAAUUGUCCAUCAAGCCAACUUUCCUCUCCCGAUCCCGGUCUGGCAGCCCAGGAUGCAGAUUUGAAUCAGAGAUGGAUAAUGAACGGAAUUCUAAUACCUCAAAGCAGAGAUACUCUGGAAAAGUCCAUCUUUGCAUUGCUCGAUACAGUUAUAACCCGUUUGAUGGACCAAAUGAAAAUCCCGAAGCGGAACUCCCUCUCACAGCAGGAAAAUACCUCUAUGUGUAUGGAGACAUGGAUGAAGAUGGCUUUUAUGAAGGUGAACUUCUAGAUGGGCAGCGAGGGCUUGUUCCUUCCAACUUUGUGGAUUUCGUGCAGGACAGCGAAUCCCGUCUAUCAAGUGGGCUGGGCAGUGAGCAAGACCAGAAUUACAUCAACCACGCAGGUCCCACGUUGGACGGAGAUCGCCUUUUGGAUAUCAACCCGCCGAGCCACUUAGAGUCCAGUCUCGUCAAUAACGGUGCAGGGACCCUGGAUGUAAACAUUGACGAAAUUGGAGAAGACAUUGUGCCUUAUCCUAGAAAAAUUACCCUUAUCAAACAGCUAGCCAAAAGUGUCAUUGUGGGCUGGGAAAGUCCGAUCGUGCCACCCGGGUGGGGAACCAUUCAUAGCUACAACGUCCUGGUAGACAAAGAAAUACGGAUGACCGUAGCCCUGGGAAGCAGAAGUAAAGCUCUUAUAGAGAAACUUAACAUUGCUACUUGCACUUACCGAAUAUCGAUUCAAAGCAUCACUAGUCGGGGCAAUUCUGACGAGUUGCAAUGCACGUUGCUGGUGGGCAAGGAUGUCAUUGUGGCCCCUUCCCACCUCAAGGUCGACAACGUCACCCAGAUCUCCGCCGAACUGACCUGGCUCCCGACCAACAGCAACUACAGCCACGUGAUCUUCCUCAACGAGGAAGAGUUUGAUAUCGUCAAGGCUGCCCGAUACAAGUACCAGUUUUUUAACCUGAAGCCCAACAUGGCCUACAAGGUGAAGGUAUUGGCCAAACCUCACCAAAUGCCCUGGCAGCUGCCGCUUGAGCAGCGGGAAAAAAAAGAAGCCUUCAUAGAGUUUUCGACCUUGCCAGCAGGUCCACCAGCUCCCCCUCAAGAUAUCAGAAUCCAGGCUGGGCCCACGCCGGGAACCAUUGUAGUUUCAUGGAAGCCACCAACGCUCACAGCGACGGGAACAUCCAGCGGAGCCACCGUGACCGGCUAUGGCGUUUAUGCAAAAGGUCAAAAGGUGGCCGAAGCGACAUUUCCCACGGCGGAGAAUGCGGUUGUGGAGCUCCCGAGACUCCGGAAUCUGGAAGCGAAGGAAGUUCUCGUCCGGACGCUUUCCGCCCAAGGAGAAUCCGUCGAUUCCUUGAGCGCCGCCAUUCCACACGAACUCCUGGUGCCUCCGACCUCACACCCCAGGCCAGCUCCCAAAUCUAAGCCAUUACCAAGUGCCGGCCUCUCCGAUACCAAAGAGGAACACUUAUGCCCACACGUCAGAAGGGAUGAGCAUUGGGAGCAGCCCCGCACGGCGCUGUCUCCUGUCCACGGACACACCCUGGAGCCGCCCAACUUCCAAGGGAGAAGGUCGCCUUCGCCCAACAGGAUACUCCCACAACCGCAAGGCAUGCCCGUUCCCAACAAUGUCGCGAAGGCCAUGGCCAGGGAAGCAGCUCAACGGGUGGCGGCGGAGAGCAACAGAAUGGAGCGGAGGAGCGUGUUCGCCGAACGAAGCAACGCUCUGCAUUACGCCAAUUCCGACGAAGAGGAGGACGGCUACGAUUCGCCUCGGCUCAAAAGGAAAGGGGCUUCAGUCGACGAUUUCUUGAAAGGCUCCGAGCUUGGGAAGCAGCCCCAAUACGGCCAUGGGGAAGAGUAUCAUACCGAAAGCAGCCGGGGCUCUGACCUCUCAGACAUCAUGGAAGAAGACGAAGAAGAACUGUACUCCGAGAUGCAGCUUGAGGACGGCGGGAGGAGGCGAAUCAGUGUCACGUCGCAUAACACACUCAAGCUGUUAGGUAACCCUGCAGCCUCCGGACGGACGGACAGGAUGGAACACCCAGGGCGAAGGAUCUCUCACGGCAGUGCAGGACCGCAACGGUCACGCCCCAUGUCGGUCCCGUCUAUCGAAAUUACAAUGGAAAGUAACAGUGAAGGCGUGUGGUCUCGGUCAGGUAGUGAGGGAAACCUUUCCCCCUUUAAAGAAGAAGUGUAUUAUCGCGGCGGUGGCAGACACAGGAAAUGGUGCCGGCAACGUACCGUGGCUUCUGACUAUCGAUACGAUGGAUAUGGCAGCCGGGAUCGCCUGUCUCCAGAAAUUUAUGAAGAAUCUGAAACCGAUCCUGGUGCUGAAGAGGUGUCCGCACGCAUCUUUGUGGCUCUUUUUGACUACGACCCACUGACCAUGUCUCCUAACCCUGACGCAGCGGAAGAGGAGCUCCCGUUUAAAGAAGGGCAGAUUAUUAAGGUUUAUGGCGACAAGGAUAUUGAUGGCUUUUACCGGGGAGAAACCUGUGCAAGGGUUGGCCUCAUUCCAUGCAAUAUGGUCUCCGAAAUCCAAGCUGAUGAUGAAGAGAUGAUGGAGCAACUUCUGAAGCAAGGUUUUCUCCCUCUGAACACCCCUAUAGAGAAAUUAGAAAGGAACCGAAGGAGCAGCCGCCCCCCGGCCGCCUCGACGCGGAGGAUGGUGGCCUUGUACGACUACGAUCCGAGGGAGAGCUCGCCCAACGUCGAUGUGGAGGCCGAGCUAACAUUUUGUACAGGGGACAUUAUUACAGUCGUUGGAGAAAUUGACGAAGACGGUUUUUACUACGGCGAGCUCAACGGUCAGAAGGGUCUGGUUCCUUCAAACUUUCUUGAAGAAGUGCCUGAUGAUGUCGAGGUCUAUCUAUCCGACGCCCCGUCGCAAUAUGCUCAAGAUACGCCAAUACGUACAAAAGCAAAAAGGACAAAGACCUUGACUUGAGAUCAAAGUAAGCUGGCGACCCCUUUGCUUAAUUUCACCUCCAUUGAUUAGUCUGAACCGGGUAACCGGACCCAGCAAGAACCACCCAAGGCUGCCAGGAAAAAAGCAAAAAGCCAGCCAACUUAAAGAGUACUAGACGAGGGCCGAGGCUCAUUGCCUCUCGCUCUGCAAACGAUUUCCUAAGUAUCAAUUCAUCUUGUGCUUUCCCCCAAAUACUCCUGAUUCAUUGUGCAAGCAGCCACAUCCUGCUCAUUUAUCACGUGCAUUAAAAAUAAACAUUUGCUGCCACAGCUCAUCCAAGGUCUUGAAGCUUUCUUUGAUCACAAUUAAGGUUCAAUUUUAGCUUUUUUUUUUUUCUUUCAACCAGUGUGCCACCUUCUCAAAGUAUGUCUAUACAGUAUGCUAAAAGAAAUGUUUUACAGAGCUGACGAGCAGAAAUGCUCCGAUUUUUAUCACCACCCAAACCGGUGAUUCCUUCUGGAACCUGGCUAGUGCAUAUGUAGAACUUCCCAUUGGUAGUACUGUACUUAAAAGUUGGAUUUCUCACCGCUAGAUUACCGAGAUGUAAAAAAACCCCACCAAUUUGAUUGAGAUAAGAUCUAGUUCUGGGUCACCCUUGCAAAAAGAAAAAAUCAGCAUGUAUUUUAAAAGCUGUGGGUUGUGGGGUUUUUUUAAAAAAAAUAAUCAAAUUGUCAGCGACUGUUUGUCACUUUGGUAAACUAGACAUGUCCCUCGCGUGGCAUGCUUUAAAGGGGAAAAAAUGGAUUGUCCGAAAAGGAAAAGGAAAUGAAAAGAAAAAAAUGUUACCAGUUUUCUUGUUGUUGAUGGCUUUCAAACAUUCUGUAAACUGUAACAAUGUACCUACUAGGUUCCUCCCGAGAGUACAGGUACCUCACCAAGGAGCGCACCAUCCCCUACAGUCCAUCUCCAUUCGGGGUCACCUACGCCAUCUGUGGGUU